UGUAGACAACAACCUUAGAGACGGUCGAGUUGGAAUUUAAAGGUCCGUCAAUUCAAGAAUUGAAGGAGCAAAAAUCAAAUAUUGGAGGAAAAGAAAGAAAAUGAGCAAAGACGAUGGCGGAAGCAGCUUAGAUAUUAACAUAAUAGUGAAGUUUAGCGGAAGAUCCAUACCAAUAUCGAUAUCAAAGGAUUCAACUAUCAAAGAACUCAAAUCUCACCUCCAGCCUCUCACCAAUGUUCUUCCUCGCGGUCAAAAGCUUAUUUUCAAAGGGAAGCUUUUGGUGGACGCAAUGACGUUGAAGGAAUCAGAGGUCAUGAAUGGAGCCAAGCUCAUGCUUAUGGCUUCCCAGGGCUUGCACCAAGGGGGCGGACCUAUUCUAAUAGAAGCUCAAACUCGGCCUAUUUCAAGGACGAAGGAAACCGAGUAUAAAAGGUCCGAUGCCAGGACUGAGAUUAUUAUGGAUAAGAGUCGUUUGGAGCGAUGGAAGGUUACUGGAGUUAUUGCAUUAGCUGACUGUAGUUUGAAGGCCAUACCUGAUGAAGUAUGGGAUUGUGGGUCUUCUGCAAGAGUCCUGGAUGUCAGUAACAACAGCAUCCAAAAUAUACCAAACAAAAUCAGCUGUUUGAAUUCCAUUCAGAAACUGUUCCUCAAUGCGAAUGGUAUUUCUGAUGAAACUAUUCAGUGGGAAGGAUUAACAUCUUUGAAGUAUUUAACAGUUCUAUCAAUCACUCAAAACCAGUUGACCACUUUACCUCCUGCACUUGGCUCUCUGACUUCUCUAAGGCAGCUUCAUGUUUCCAAUAAUAAGUUGACUAGCCUUCCUAAUGAAAUAGGCUUGCUGACUCAGCUUGAAGUUUUGAAGGCCGAUAAUAACAGAAUAACCACUAUUCCGGCAUGCAUCGGUGAAUGUGGUUCUCUUGUUGAGGUUGAUCUUUCAGAAAAUCUUCUAUCAGAACUUCCCGAUACCUUUGGCAAUUUGCACAAUUUGAAGGCGUUGCAUCUCAGUAAUAAUGGCCUAAAAUCCCUGCCUUGUACCUUAUUCAAACAUUGCCUCCUGCUCGCCACACUGGAUCUCCAUAACUCUGAAAUCACAAUGGAUGUCCUGCGUCAGUUUGAAGGGUGGGAAGAGUUCGAUGAACGCCGGCGAUCGAAGCAUCAGAAGCAGCUGGAUUUUCGAGUUAACUCUGCUGGAUUUGACGAAGGCGCGGAUAAAAACUAAGCCUUUCUAUCAUUUUGUAGUUAACAACAGGGAAAAAAAAGACAUUGAUUCUGCUUGUCUCUGAAUAGUUCAAAACAAUACUUUCC